AUGGACUUCGACGCUGCUCUACUCGAAAGGUCAAAGACGUUUCUGCCAGAUCGCUCGCGCGCAGACGGCGGACUGAAGGUCAUUGCGUGCGGUCUAGGCCGUAGCGGAACCACAUGUGAGUGCUGGCUAUCAGUGCAGAAAGGCGGCAUCUGACUCUUCCCAUCUCAGCGCUGGGUGUCGCGCUCGACAUUCUUGGUCUCGGUCCGGUCCAUCACUAUCAGAGCCUCCAAUUCGAUGCCAAUCUGUCUCGGGACUGGAUCAAGGCCUUCGAGGCAUUGAAUCGUGGAGAAAACGUCUCAAAAGAGCAAUGGAAUGACAUAUUCUGCGGGUUCAACGUCAGUAUAUCCGAGUCCAUCGUUGGAGAAACGCUAAAGCAGACGCAGGCCGCUGUCGGCUCCCCUGCUUGCCACGUCGCUGACGAAUUGGCCAAUAUCUACCCCGACGCAAAAAUCAUCGUCAACCAGAGGGAUUUUGACGCCUGGGUCAGCUCAUACACCAAGAACUUAUGGGGAAAAGCACGUGUAGGAUGGAUAUGGCGUCUGCUGGUACCUGCGCUCCAGGCACGAGCCGAUUUGCGACAAGUGGUAAAGCGCGUGACUGGAUUCCACGAAGCAGGUAUGACCGAAGAUCCGAGAGCGGGAUUGCGGAAGUCUUAUGACGCCCACUACGCGAAGAUGCUUGGAAACAUCCCCGUCGAUCGUCGACUCUGUUGGGACCUGUCGGACGGCUGGGAUCCAUUGUGCUCGUUCCUCGAUGUACCCAUCCCUGAUCAGCCGUUCCCUCAUACGCAUACAAGCGCUGAGUUCAAGGAGAAAAGGAGCAGAGUCGAUCCCGUCACCAGGAAGUUGGCACGGGAGAAUGUCAUUUGGGCGCUGAACUCGAGCGCGGUCACGAUUGGAAUUCUAUGCGUCAUUGCUGGGGCGUACCGCUUUCGAUCCAAGUGGUUGAGGGGCCAUUGA